AUGCGUCUAUUGCUUCUGAAUAGUUUGGUACAUGCAUUUAGUAUAAAUCGAAAACUUCGGUUGGAUUUUUCUAAGUUUGACGAGUACACAAUUUCCAGUACACCACCAUCUAACACUCAACAGCAAUCUUUUCAUCAAAGAUUUAUGGAUGUGGAACUCCAAUUGGAACUCACAGGUUUUCAGCAGCUUUCUGACGAGUUCAUUCGAGAUAUUGAGCAGAUUAGUAAUGAUGGAAUUGGCAGUGUUUUUGACCAUUUAUCAAAUUUUUUAGACCUUUUAACAAAGAUAUGUAAAAUAAUUGGAAUUGACAAACUAAACUUUCAACAAGACUGUGUACGUAAAAUCCCAGUACUCACAUUGGAAUCCUUUAUUGAUAUGCUUAAGGCUACUAAAAGAUAUCUUACUUUUUCAAAAACAAUAUCUGAAGCUGUUGUGAAAAAGUUUACUAAACAAUGCAAGUCUGGAUGUAUUGAUCCUGAUACCAGUGAGGAAACAAGACAAGUAUGUGAAUGUACAAAUGAGUUUAAACAGCAUAUGGGCAAGCAGAUAUUCCACAUUCUAGCAUUGAUAGAGUAUUUUAAAAAACAUUAUGAAUCUUACAGUGAGGCAGACAAUGAUGUGUUUGACUGA